CAGGUUUGUUUCAUAGUGAGCUAGAGAUCUUCGCUUCAGUGUUUGGGGAUUAGAUAAUGUUACCGGAGAGAAGAAGUACGGUGGUUUCUUCUUCUUCAUAUCUGAAUCCAUCUGGUCACAAUGAUAAUUCUUUUUUACUUCUUCGAAGAGGCAAAAAGUUUGGUCGGAUAGUGAAAUUGAAGCUGUCACAUUUCUUCUUGUUCUUUGUGUCACUCUUUUUCUUCUCUUGCAUGUUCUCUGGCCAUAAACUACUCUUUCAUGGUUCUGAGUUAUUACCUCAUUUUGAGCAAAAUCCUUACAUGAAAAGUCAUAUGUUGGUUUCAUCAGAGAUUGAUAUAGGAUCAAACAAAUCCAACAUCGAAAGACCACCCGGAAGCAAGAAGAGAACCAAGCAUUUACCUUGUGAAGUUCCACUUGCUGAAUCUGUUGAUCACAUACUUGAGCCUCAGGAUUAUUUGAAUUUUACGCCGUUUUCGUUAGGCUUUGUAGAGACUGAGACAUAUGAUAAGCCUAGGUUUGGAGGUCAUCAAACACUCAAGGAAAGAGAGAGAUCUUUCUCUGCAAUAAAUCAGACAAUUCACUGUGGUUUUGUCAAAGGGACUAAUGGAUUUCAUCAAGGUACUGGAUUUGAUUUGAGUGAAAUGGAUAGGGCCUAUAUGAAGAACUGUGUAGUCUCUGUGUCUUCUUGCAUUUUUGGAAGCUCUGAUUUUCUAAGGAGACCUGCAACCAAAAAGAUCAGUGAAUUCUCGAAGCGAAAUGUUUGUUUUGUGAUGUUCGUUGAUGAGCAAACACUAUUGAAACUUGCUAGUGAAGGGCAUGUUCCAGACAAGCAAGGAUUUGUUGGUUUGUGGAAAACUGUAGUUGUGAGCAACUUGCCUUAUACUGAUAUGCGAAAGACUGGAAAGGUUCCGAAAUUUCUGUCACACCGCCUUUUUCCUUCUUCUAGGUAUUCGAUUUGGCUAGACAGUAAGAUGAGACUCACUACAGAUCCUAUGCUGAUAAUUGACUUCUUCUUAUGGAGAACAAAAUCAGAAUUCGCUAUCUCGAACCAUUAUGACCGACAUUGUGUUUGGGAUGAAGUGUUACAGAACAAACGGCUGAACAAAUACAACCACUCGGCAAUCGAUGAACAGUUUAUGUUCUAUCGAUCAGAUGGACUCAAGAAAUUUGAUCCUUCAGAUCCUAAUUCUCCUCUUCCAAGUUAUGUACCUGAAGGUUCUUUUAUUGUAAGGGCUCAUACACCAAUGUCAAACCUCUUCACAUGCCUUUGGUUCAAUGAAGUUGAUCGGUUUACCUCACGAGAUCAGUUGAGUUUUGCGUACACAUACCUUAAACUGCAGAGACUGAAUCCAGAUAGACCCUUACGCCUAAACAUGUUCAAGGACUGUGAACGUCGAGCAUUAACUAAGCUCUUCCACCAUCGCGUAGAUUCAUCGCCUCCUUCACCUCCUGCUUGAUUGAUUAAGUAAAGAUAGUGUUCUACA